GUUUCCUUUUUAAAUUGCAUCACUACAAAGAUGUCUAGUCCUGUAUCUAAUGAGAUAUCAUCUGGCAGUUUAGUUGAAUUGUAACUCAAAACAAACACAUACCAAUAGGCUACUCCAAGUGGUCCGACAGAAGGUGCUCACAGAUAUUAUUAAGGGUAAGCAAUAUGAGUAGCUUACGGGGGGUGAAGUGUUAUCUUUUAGUUUGGGGGAAAGUGGGCGGGCUUUGAGGUGGGUGUAGUGUGCGGAAGUUUUGUAUUACUGCAGAUACAACCAAAGACUUCAAUAACGUUGGACGCAACGAUCUGCUUCUCCGUGAAUGACAGUUGGACUAUUCAUGUUCACGCACAGAGCAAUACUCUGUCAUCUAUGAACUUCCAAACUUGAGACAUAUGGAUUCGAAAAAUGUUUCGUGGACAGGCGGUGGUGCGCAGGAAGAACCUCCUGCACCUAGUCAGCGGCUGUCCCGUCAACAAAUUCUAACCAUGAUAGCCAUGUCUUCUAUCAACUUCAGUUCAAUGAUAUGCUACUCUAUAUUAGCUCCGUUUUUCCCAAGUGAGGCUAAAAAGAAGGGUGUGAAUCAAACAAUGAUUGGUCUAAUAUUUGGAUGGUAUGCCUUAUUUGUGCUGGUGGGAUCGUUGCUAUUGGGUAAAUAUGUAAGUUCAUCCUCAUUAAAUGUCACACAGUGCACCAGACCCAGCACCCUACCGGGUGUAACAGUUGUUCUCUCUUAUUUCCAGAUUGUACAGAUUGGGGCAAAGACAAUGAUCAUUUUGGGAAUAUUUGUUUCAGCCGUGUGCACUAUUCUCUUUGGUCUGCUGGACAGAGCCGCUGCCGGGACACAGUUCAUCGUUCUCUGCUUUGUCAUUCGUUCAGUGAAUGCAGUUGGCUUUGCUGCUGCCAUGACAGCGUCAUUUGCCAUCUUGGCUAAAGUAUUCCCCAACAAUAUAGCUACUGUCCUGGGUUUCAUGGAGAUAUUCACUGGUCUUGGUCUCAUUCUGGGACCACCGAUAGGUGGAUGGCUGUAUCAGGCAUUUGGAUAUGAAAUCCCAUUCAUUGUGUUGGGAUGUCUGCUAUUCCUGAUGGUUCCAUUCAAUAUCUGGCUCUUACCCAGUCAAGAUGCAUAUCCAACCGGGGACUCUUUCUUCAGGCUGUGCGCCAUUGGGAAGAUCCCGAUCAUCUGCUUUGUGGUUCUUACCCUCAGCUCUGGCCUGGGCUUCCUGGAUGCCACUCUGUCCAUAUUUGCUAUCGAGAAGUUUUCCUUAUCUCCUGGCUCAGUGGGGCUUCUGAUGAUUGGUCUCUCUCUCCCUUAUGCUGCUGCCUCUCCCAUCUUUGGCAUCCUCAGUGAUAAGUACCCAUCUGCACGAAAGUGGAUGAUGGUGAGUGGAGGAAUGGGAACAGCAGUGAGUUUCUGCCUACUCGGACCAGUUCCAGUCAUUGGGGUCAGUGGGCAACUCUGGCUGACCAUUGUGAUGCUGGUUGUUAUUGGUUUCUCUCUGUGCAUGACCGCGAUCCCCACCUUCGCCGAGAUGCUGAUAUGUGCACACGAGAAUGGCUUUGAGGAGGGGCUGAGCACACUGGGACUAGUGUCAGGACUCUUCUCUGCCGUCUGGUCAUGUGGAAUGUUUGUGGGACCUACAUUUGGCAGCUAUAUCACACAAAAAUAUAAUUUUGAAUACGCGUCAGCGUGCCAGGGUGGACUUACUUUCCUAGCGGCAUCCCUUCAGGGCAUCUACUCCCUCUAUGACCUCCAUAGGAGGAGGUCUACCCAGGCCUCAGAGCCUGUGACUGAUGAUCCAGCCCAACCUGGUGACCGAACGCCUCUCCUGUCUUCAUUUCACUCCUCAAGAUCGCUCUAAAUUCACUGUAAAUCUCCUUCCUUGUCAGGGAGGUCCUAGUCUUGGAAUUUCAUAGUGCUUAUAGGAGGAGCAGAGCUACCUACGUAAACAUUGCACUAUGCCAAUAUGACACUAUUUAAUAAAAGAGGCUCUAAAUUAUGUAAUAUCUAAUAUAAAUAAUGAUGUUUGCUACCUACUGUAAAUUAGCUUUUAUUUUGUACAUGCUUUGUGUUCAAGUCUAAGAACAAUGUAAAAUAAAAUCAGUUUAUAGAAAGAUGUUUUCUUUCACUUGA